CUGAAGGGAAAAGAAGCUUUUGGUCAGCUCUGAUGAUUACGGUCGUGACCUUACUGGUGUUCAAAAUCUGAGGAAGAAACAUGUUCGCUUGGAAGCUGAGUUAGCUGCCCAUGAGCCUACUAUUGAAGCUGUCCAAGAAGCAGGACAAAAACUAAUGACUGUCUCAAAUCUCGGUGUGCCUGAAAUUGAAUUGAGAUUGAAGAAUUUAGAUAAGGCCUGGCAAGAACUCAAAAAGAUGACAUCAGAUAGAGGUACCAAACUGAAUGAAUCUUUAUCUUACCAAAAUUUCUUGGCAAAACUGGAGGAGGAGGAAGCAUGGAUUUCAGAAAAACACCAGCUGCUUAAUGUCGAAGAUUAUGGUGAUACCAUGGCUGCUGUUCAGGGAUUGUUGAAGAAACACGAAGCAUUUGAAAUAGACUUUGCAGUCCACAGGGACAGAUGUGUUGGAAUAUCAUCAGAUGGUCAACAACUUAUUGCUGAAGGAAAUCAUCAUUCUGAUAGCAUAAGUCAAAGACUGCAGCAGUUACACGAUCGACUUAAUGCACUAGAUACUAGUGCAACUAGAAGAAAAAGCAAGCUUAAGGAUAAUUCAGCAUAUCUGCAGUUUAUGUGGAAGGCUGAUGUAGUUGAAAGCUGGAUAGCUGAUAAAGAAACUCAUGUACGUUCAGAAGAUUAUGGCCGAGAUUUAUCGUCAGUUCAAACACUUCUUACGAAGCAAGAAACAUUUGAUGCAGGAUUGGCAGCUUUUGAACAAGAGGGAAUACAAAGUAUAACUCAGUUGAAAGACCAGUUGCUGGCAGCUAAUCAUGAACAAACUUCAGCUAUUGUAAAACGCCAUGAUGAUGUUAUGGGAAGAUGGCAUAAUCUUCUUGCAGCAUCAGAAGCACGAAAACAAAGGUUGCUUCACAUGCUUGAGCAGUUCAAGCAGAUUGAAGACCUGUUUCUUACCUUUGCUAAAAAAGCCUCUGCUUUCAAUAGUUGGUUCGAAAAUGCUGAGGAAGAUCUUACUGAUCCAGUCAGAUGCAACUCUAUUGAAGAAAUCAGAGCCUUGCGUGAAGCCCAUUCCCAGUUCCAAGAAUCUUUAAGUUCUGCACAAGGUGAUUUUGAAGUUUUGGCAGCUCUGGACCAACAGAUUAAGUCUUUUAAUGUAGGUGCAAAUCCUUACACAUGGUUUACAAUGGAAGCUUUAGAAGAUACAUGGCGUAAUCUUCAGAAAAUAAUACAAGAACGAGAUGUUGAACUAGCAAAAGAAGCACACAGGCAAGAAGAAAACGACAGAUUGCGAGUUGAAUUUGCUAAACAUGCCAAUGCCUUCCACCAGUGGCUAACUGACACAAGAAUGUGGCUCUUGGAUGGAUCAUCAAUGUUAGAAGGUACUGGCUCAUUAGAAGCACAAUUAGAAGCUACUAAGAGGAAAGCUGCAGAAGUUAGAGCGAAAAGAACAGAACUUAAGCAAAUUGAAGACCUUGGGGCUUUAUUAGAGGAACAUCUUAUCCUUGAUAAUCGAUAUACAGAACACAGCACUGUUGGCUUAGCGCAACAGUGGGAUCAGCUGGACCAACUGGGUAUGAGAAUGCAGCAUAAUCUAGAGCAACAAAUACAAGCAAGAAACCAGAGUGGUGUUUCUGAAGAUGCCUUGAAAGAGUUUAGCAUGAUGUUUAAACACUUUGAUAAGGAGAAGUCUGGACGCCUCAAUCACUUCCAAUUCAAAAGUUGUCUACGAGCUUUGGGUUAUGAUUUGCCUAUGGUAGAAGAAGGUCAGCCUGAUCCCGAAUUCGAAGCAAUCCUAAAUGUAGUCGAUCCAAAUCGUGACGGAUACGUAUCUCUGCAAGAGUACAUGGCUUUUAUGAUAUCACGAGAAACAGAAAAUGUUCGUUCCAGCGAAGAGGUUGAAAAUGCUUUCAGAGCAAUAACAUCCGGUGAAAGACCUUAUGUUACGGCCGAAGAGCUUUAUGCUAAUCUUACGAAAGAAAUGGCAGAUUAUUGCUUAUCUAGGAUGAAACCUUACGAAGAUAAAAGUGGCCGAACGAUUCCUGGCGCUUAUGACUACAUAGACUUUACUCGUACACUAUUUCAGAAUUAGCCUUCUUGUCAGAUCUGCUUUAUUUCUGGCUUAUUUUACUAUUACUUUAGAGGAGAAAUUCCAAGUUUUUUACAUCCAUCUAUGGUUUCAUCUUUUGAAUAUUGUCUUUGCCACCUAGAAGUUUUAAAUAUUUUUUCUUAGAUUCAGUAUUCAAACAUUAGAUUUUAUUGGUCUCAUAUUAAUUUAUAUUCAUAUAUAAUGCACAAAAAACUUCUAUGCUUCAUGAAGGGAAUGAAGAAAACAUUGUCCUGAAAUAUUUUGUAAAUGCUAAAAAUUAAAAUCUUAAACAAAUCUUG